AUGGGGGCCUGUCCACCCAAGGCAAAGGGGCCCUGGGCCCAGCUCCAGAAACUUCUGAUCUCCUGGCUGGUUGGAGAACAAGACUGGGAACAGUACCGGGACCGGGUCAAUAUGCUACAACAGGAAAGGAUUCGAGAUUCUCCAUUGCUGCAGGCAGCCAAGGAAAAUGAUCUGCGUCUCCUUAAGAUACUUCUGCUGAACCAAUCCUGUGACUUUCAACAAAGAGGAGCUGUGGGGGAGACGGCGCUGCACGUUGCGGCCCUCUAUGACAACCUGGAGGCUGCCACGUUGCUGAUGGAGGCCGCCCCGGAGCUGGCCAAGGAGCCUGCCCUGUGUGAGCCAUUUGUAGGUCAGACUGCACUGCACAUCGCUGUCAUGAACCAGAACGUGAACCUGGUGCGCGCACUGCUUGCUCGUGGGGCCAGCGUCUCUGCCAGAGCCACAGGUGCUGCCUUCCGCCGCAGUCCACACAACCUCAUCUACUACGGAGAGCACCCUUUGUCCUUUGCUGCCUGUGUGGGCAGCGAGGAGAUCGUGAAGCUGCUCAUUGAGCAUGGAGCCGACAUCCGGGCCCAGGACUCCCUGGGAAACACGGUGCUGCACAUCCUCAUCCUGCAGCCCAACAAGACCUUUGCCUGCCAGAUGUACAACCUGCUGCUGUCCUACGAUGAGCAUAGUGACAACCCUCAGGCCCUGGAACUCGUGCCCAACCACCAGGGCCUCACUCCCUUCAAGCUGGCAGGGGUGGAGGGCAACACUGUGAUGUUCCAGCACCUGAUGCAGAAGCGGAAGCAUGUCCAGUGGACCUGUGGGCCACUGACCUCCACGCUCUAUGACCUCACGGAGAUCGACUCCUGGGGAGAGGAGCUGUCUUUUCUAGAGCUCGUGGUCUCUUCCAAGAAGCGAGAGGCUCGGCAGAUCCUGGAGCAGACCCCAGUGAAGGAACUGGUGAGCUUCAAGUGGAAGAAAUAUGGGCGGCCGUACUUCUGCAUCCUGGCUGCCCUAUACGUUCUGUACAUGAUCUGCUUCACCACCUGCUGCAUCUACCGCCCCCUCAAGCUGCGUGAUGACAACCGCACUGACCCUAGAGAUAUCACCAUCCUCCAGCAGAAACUGCUACAGGAGGCCUACGUGACUCACCAGGAUAACAUCCGACUGGUGGGAGAGCUGGUGACCGUGACAGGGGCUGUGAUCAUUCUGCUCCUAGAGAUCCCAGACAUUUUCAGGGUCGGUGCCUCUCGCUAUUUUGGACAGACCAUCCUCGGGGGACCCUUCCAUGUCAUCAUCAUCACCUAUGCUUCCCUUGUGCUCCUGACCAUGGCCAUGCGGCUCACCAAUAUGGAUGGGGAGGUGGUGCCCUUAUCCUUUGCCCUGGUGCUGGGCUGGUGCAGUGUCAUGUACUUUGCUCGAGGAUUCCAGAUGCUAGGCCCCUUCACCAUCAUGAUCCAGAAGAUGAUUUUUGGAGACCUAAUGCGUUUCUGCUGGCUAAUGGCUGUGGUUAUCCUGGGAUUUGCCUCAGCGUUCCAUGUCACUUUCCAGACAGAGGACCCUAACAACCUGGGGGAAUUCUCUGACUACCCCACGGCACUGUUCAGCACCUUCGAGCUGUUCCUCACCAUCAUCGACGGCCCCGCCAACUACAGUGUGGACCUGCCCUUCAUGUACUGCAUCACCUACGCCGCCUUCGGCAUCAUCGCCACACUGCUCAUGCUCAACCUGCUCAUCGCCAUGAUGGGCGACACUCACUGGCGGGUGGCCCAGGAGCGGGAUGAGCUCUGGAGGGCCCAGGUUGUGGCCACCACAGUGAUGCUGGAGCGGAAGAUGCCUCGCUUCCUGUGGCCUCGCUCUGGGAUCUGUGGGUAUGAGUAUGGACUAGGAGACCGCUGGUUCCUGCGGGUUGAGAACCAUCAUGACCAGAAUCCUCUGCGAGUGCUUCGCUAUGUGGAAGCAUUCAAGUGCUCAGACAAGGAGGAUGGACAAGAACAACUUUCUGAGAAGCGGCCCUCUACGGUUGAGAGUGGGAUGCUAUCCAGAGCCUCUGUGGCAUUCCAAACUCCCUCCCUAUCUCGAACCACAUCCCAAAGCAGCAACAGUCACCGGGGCUGGGAGAUCCUUCGUCGAAACACCUUGGGACACUUGAAUCUUGGACUGGACCUUGGUGAAGGGGAUGGAGAGGAAGUCUACCAUUUCUGAUCAGGAUCCCUGUUACUCUUGACCUGACUCAUCUCACCCUUCACAUCAGCAUUUCUGGAGAUAGGCAUGUUCACCUAUUGUCCACACAUCUGCA